CUCAUUUAGUCGUUCGAGCGCAACUUUCUCUUUCGUGGCCUAAUAAACAUCCUCAUCCAAAGCACUGAACGAUGGAUUUAGUGAAGGUAUAUGUACUGAUAAUUCUCGAAGUUAAUUUGUUACUGUCGAGAACAGAUGGAGAGAGGCUAUGUUCGUGUUAUACCUUCAAUAAAAGACGAUGGUCAUGGCCAAAUGCAAGGGACUCCUGUAAAUCCAACAAUAAAAUGCUCGCAGUGAUGGAAUCAGAGCAGGAAUGGCAAUUUAUUACAAAUGAGAUUCAAAAUAAAACAGGCAACCAAAAAAAUGAAUGGUUUAUAGGCUUGAAAAAAAAUUUAACAACGCAGAGAUGGACUUGGAUCAAUGGUAAAUCUGUGACUAUUGACAAAUGGUUUAAGGAGGGCAACAAUCCCGACCCAGCUGACUCUUACGGGCUGAUUUUUAAGGAACAUCCAACAGGAUUUAAAGGAACAUUUGGCACCUUUAGGGGCGACGUACGAAGAGGAUGGAUUUGCGAGGAAGAAACAGCUACCUGUCAAGGGAUUUGCUUCGUCCAUCCUGUUCCAACAAGCACAAGUCCUCCUAAAACAUCAGCUGGGACAAAAGCUGUUACCACACAAGGCAAAACAUCAUCUGAACAUAAAAGCAAUACUUUAUCAGCUUUGUUGACGGUUCAAACUUCCCCGACGACCACAUUUCCAGUAGUGACGAAGGUCGAUGACCUCAAGAAAGACACCAACUGCUUUUCCCAUUAUCUGGCAAUCGCUAUUUUAUCAGCAUUUUUGUUUAUAGUCAUGAUCAUCCUCGCCGUGGUUUUGAUACUGCUUCGAAAAAAACAACAUCAAAUAGCCUCAAGAAACAAAGCUGUCAAAACGAGUCAACGAGACUUUCAAGAGAGCUUAGCGUUAAAUACUUUGAAUAUUGAUGCCCGGCCAGAGUUUGCUUCGAGAAAUGGAACCGGGAUUGAGAGGCUCCGUACUGAACCGCUUGUCCAACAGGAGGGUGUGUACACCGCCCUGUCUCCGGAGUCAAUGAUGACCUCUGAAAACGAUGGUUCCCGAAUGUACACUUCCCUUGUGAAAUCAACAGAAGACAGCGACAUUGAAUAUGUGAAUCAAAUAACCGCUGCUGAAUAUGUAAAUGCUUAUUAAAGGAUCGUUCGUAAGAAGAUUGGCGCUAAUCCUAAGAAGCUGAGAUAAAAUCAUUCUACAGAGCUGGUAUAGCUGCUGUCAGCUGAUUUGAGGGUGUGCCGGUCCACGAGAGCACCAGAUGCUAAUGCCAUCUCACCGAUUUCAGUUAAAAUUUGCCUAGCGUUGAUACUGAGCUAGUUCAAUCGCGCUUUGAGCUGAUUGGUCCUCGAACUUAUGUUCAAUGUAUAUGGACGGUAAAUUGAUUGAUAAGUAAAUACAUGAAAAUUAUGGAAUUUGAAUGAUCAAGUAGUUUUAUCAAGGCUAUUAUCUUAUUGGUUCCAAAUGCGUUCUAAACUAAUUGCAGUUAAAAUAUAUACGGUUAAAAUAUAUCAAGCUAUCCAAAAGGCCACAGACCAUAUAUACGCGAAUAAGAUAGAGACAGGAAGAUGAGUUGAAUGACCGGAAAUUGCGUCUUUAUCUUAACUGGUCGUCCAAGCAUACCUUUAAUUCACUUUUGUGGCGUUUCAGAUAUCCUCAUCUAAAGUAUUGAACGAUUUAGCGAAGGUGGUGGUAUUGAUACUUCUUGGAGUCGAUUUGUUACUGUCGAGAGGAAGUAUAUGUGUAAGGACACGUUGAUGAUUCUAAAGUUCAUGAAGCUCAAGCUCUUGAUCGAAUGUCUGGUUUCAUUAUUUAGUUGUUUUCUAGAAAGCGGUGAUCGAUUUUAGAUUUAUUUCGAUCAUCAAACUGAUUAAACACUUCACUUUCGCGGUGAAUCAAGAGAAUUGCGAGAUAAACCUCAGGGUAAAUCGCGUUUUGACCGAUUAUAACAAGAAUUUAUCAAGAGCGACGGACAGGGAUGGCGUAAUUGUUUUUUGGAGUAGGAAUUAGUGACGAUGGUAAUGAUCGUUACACGGUAGAAUCUGGGUAUGAGAUUAGACAAAGACGUACACUGACCUGUUAUGCAAAAAAUGAGCUGCUGAUAGAUAAUGGCAUUCAAAAAUGUAUUCGAAUCUUGAUUAAAGGAGAAAGUUUUCUAUGAUUUGAAUGAUCUGACUUUGCUUCCUAAAAGUACUGGUUGCGAGCAAUUUGAAAUU